CUCAUCUCACUGUACUUGCGCUCAAUCCACGACUCGACCCCCUGCUACCUCUUAGCGCCGAAUUUGGGCCUUCAACGUUACGUCAUUUUCACCAUGGCUGCCGAGGCGCACAAAGAUGGAAUAGUCGCUGAACAGGAACAGCUGCAGCCUGCUGAACCAGCUGCGCCCACGCCAUCGACCGCUGCGGGAACCCAAACCUUGGGCGCGUCUGGAACCGGCCAGGAGGACAAGAAUGAGGCAUCCGCCCCUGUUCCCGUAUCAACCUCUGCUUCUAAGCCCGCGGACCUCCCAGCCGAACCCGGCGCAUCGCACCAGGAAUCGAGCCAAAGUGGCGCCACCAAUGGUAACCAUGCCCAGGCCGCUGAGCCUGCUGUGCUGCCUACUGCUGUCCCGGAUAUGGAAGGCAAAGAGACGAACGGCGCCGCUGCGAUGGCUACAGCUCCACCCGUGACUGAGAAGCCUACGGAGGGACUCAGCAAAGGCGUUCUCGAGAAGCCCGCGGAGAAAGCCACGGAGAGCGCGGCUACUGCCCCGGCCGUAACUGCUAACGGAGAACAAGCCAGGGAGCAGAAGAAGGAUGACGCCGACGUUGAGAUGAAGGAGGCCGCCGCCGAAACAGUUACGGAGGAUGGCGUGGCCGCGCCGGUGGUGGGAACCGACAACCGCGACGACAACAGCAGCAGCAACAAGCGAAAGGCCGAAGACGCUUUCAGUGGGGAUGCUGACGCGGAUGCCGAAGCCGGCGGAGAGCAGAAGAAAGCCAAAACCAAUGCCGAGACCGAAACCGAGCCCGGAACCGCCCCAGCCGCAACCGCAGCGCCGACCGAGGCCGAAACCGACCAAGCCAAGCAGGCCAACGGAAAUGCCAAGACGGUGCCCCAACCGGAAACUGGAAUGGACGCUGCUCCACCAGCGCCCGCGAAGAGACCUGGUCGCCCGCGAAAGCAGUCCAAGCCGCAACCAGCUGUCGGGCGCACCCAGAGGAAAACGAGGAGUCAAGGCCCGGUUGAGGCUUGAUUUGUUUGGAUGAGGAAAGGUAACAGCUUAAGGUAAGGGGGUGGUAAUUUGUGGGGUGGCUGUUUCGUUUCUGGUGUUUACCUGAACUAUGAGGAUUGGAGGAGUAGGUCGGUGGUUCCAAAAUCCCGGGUGUGCUUUUGGUUAUUAGCUGCUUUGCUGUUUUUGCAUCUUGUAUCUUUUGGUUAAGUCUACCCACGUAUCAGGAAGAGGCUUUCACCUCUCCCUAUGUUAUGAGGCUGUAAACUAAAACAAUUGUGGUGGUUAUGGCGCCAAGUCACUGCGGAAAAGUAAGGUACAGUACAUUACCAUGUCGGAUUCGUUGAACGGGCGGGUACCGCUAGCGUAAUCCUGGAGUAACUUACGUUGCCAAAACACGGUC